GACGUCAUUGGCCUUGGCUGAGCGCAGCCAGAGCACAACCUGGCCUUGCAGCUUUCCCAAACUUGCCAAGAGUCGCGGUUCCAAGUUCACUGGAGCGACAUCAAUUGGCCACCCAAAAAGAACAUCUUCUCGACAAUUCCCUACUCUUAUCCCCGUCUGCCGUCGAACGGCCGCGCAAUGAUACUUUCUGGCUCGAAAUCCUACAACUGACAAAGCAAGCCGUGAAAAUGUGGAUCUUGCCGCUUGUUGGUUAUCUCGGCUCUGUCGUGGGCUUCUGCUUCAUGACGCUGGCCAUCGGUGAGUUGCGAAUUCCGGGCGCUGUACGGAGCGCUUCUGCAGGAUGCGACCGUUGCUCUGUGCAUACUUACUGUACAUGUAGGGUGCUAACCUGUUGUGCGCGCCAUUGCAGCGUCCGGGCUAUACUACCUCUCCGAACUGGUCGAGGAACACACCGUGAUGGCGAAGCGCUUCUUGACCAAGCUCAUCUACUCCAUCAUGGUCCUGCAGCUGUUACUCUGCGUCGUCGAUCGCUUUCCCUUUCUCCCCACCGCGCUGGGCAUCUUCUCCCACUUCAUCUACCUCGGAAACAUGCGACGGUUUCCCUUUGUCAAGCUUACAGACCCGCUGUUCUUGGCGUCGUGCGUUCUCGUUCUCUUGAACCACUACGUCUGGUUCAGGCACUUCUCCCACCGCCAAGAACGCGCCUACCAGAGCAUGUCCUCGUACUACGACCUCCCGGACGACAUCCCCUCCUUCGCCGAGAUCGCCUCGUACUUUGGCCUCUGCGUCUGGCUCGUGCCCUUUGCGCUGUUUGUCAGCCUCUCGGCGAGCGACAACGUCCUCCCCACGAUGGGCAGCGAGCCAUCGUCGUCUGCCGUUCCCGGGGGCAUGGUCGAUACCGGCGCGGCCAGGAGGCGCGGCCAGGGGAUGGCAAAGGCACUGGUCGACAACGUUCGCGGAGCGAUCGCGGAAGCGAGUGUGUUGUUUGGUUGGAAGAAACCAGAGGAUCGGCUAUAGGGAUCUUCAACUGGCAUCGUUUGCAUUCGGGGCGUUCAGGGUUUUUUUUUGUAGGCCUUCACUCGGGCGGGGACAGUAAAAUGGGUAGUGCUAGCGCCAGCAAUUCCCUCCAGGGAAAUUAAUGUUCAGCAAGUUCCUGAAACACAACAUCCGUAACUUC